UACACCGAAAUUAAAUACGGCUGUAUUGGAAAACGGCUUACAACUAUUGGAGUUGACUUUGACGUGUGGCGAUGCACCCGUUUGAUUGACAUUCUACGGUGCUUUGUGUUGCUUCGAACUUUUUUGACGUUGACAUUCCGCUCGUCUAAUUGGUAGACUUACGGAUUGCCUUCCUUCCGCGUUAAUAUCAUCGCGCGGGCUGUUCACAAGGACAAUAGCUGGACAUUUAGGCGCAGAUCGCGAAAUGAGCGUUUUAAUGACAGCUAACGGAGUUGUUCCGGUGUUCAUUCAUAUUGAUUGUUGAGUCAUUCAUUAAUGCGUGUUAGUGCUGGGCGAUUAUUUAAUGCAUUUAAGUGUGGUUUUGUUCAUUUGCUGUACUAUUUUUCAUUGCAUUUGCUAUGUGGUUUAUGUGCAAUGUCAUCCAAUAUUUAUUGAUGGUACAUUUUCAUGCAUGAUUGUGUGUUAAAGGGAAAGUGCACAAAAUGUCUGAGGGUUCUAAAACACAAAAUGAACACGCUCCACAGCAUGAAAAAAGGGUUCCUAAAAUGACAGAAAAGGCUCUUAUUAAUUUUAUUGAAAAAUGUCAGGUAGAAAGGCAGUCACAAUGCAAAAAGGCAACUGCUUCAAUGGAAAAUCUCAAAGUGCUAAUGGACGCAGUUGAGAAUGUUUCUGAAGUUCAAACGCAGUUGAACAUUAUGAUGAAGUGCUUAAAAGAUGCUCAGGAAAAUCAUGACUCACUACUGAAAUUAAAUAUUCCUCCUGAUCAAGCUGCUUUACAAAAUCAAUGGUUUGAGAAAAAAAGAACACUUUAUUUUGGAUUCAUGGAAAAAGUGAAAGCUUGGCUUUGCGAUGUUGGGCAACCACGUGAGGAAGUAUUUCAUAACGACCCAAUUAAAGAUGGUGGAAUUACAGAUCAAGAGGAAGGAGCCAGAGUCCAAGAUUCUCUCAAGCUAGGAGACAGUGCUUCAGUUCUAUCUUCAAACCAAAGUCAAAAUUCCAAAUCUUCAUCCACAACAUCUUCACAAAAGGCUUCAAUUACAUCUUCAAAACAAAGUCAAAAGUCCAAAUCUUCAUCCACAACAUCUUCACAGAAGGAGCGCAUCAAAGCUGAAGCUGAGAAGGCAGCUCUCAUUGAACGUGUUGCUGCUUUGAAGAGGAUGCAUCAAUUGGAAGUGGAGGAACAAAAUUUGAGGAGACAAAAGGAACAAUUGGCACUGGAGACUGAAUUGGCAGCAUUUAAUGCUAAAAUCAAUGUUUUUGAGGAGAACGCAUCACUGAGCUCCCGAAGUUCGUAUGGAAGGAGCUCCAAAGUUCUGAAGGCCAACGCAAACAUUUUAAAUCCCGGUGCGGCUGAAUUUUGUCCAAAGGAAAGGAAGUCAGUUAUUGAUUGCUCAGCAGCGCCCCCGUUGGUAGUUCGUCCAAAGGAAAGGAGAACAGUUGUGCCUGAUGAUAGCGCUGUAGCGUCCUCGUUGGUCGUUCGUCCAAAGGAAAGGAGGACAGCCAUGAUUGAUGAUUGUGCUGCAGCGCCCCCAUUGGCGGUCAACAUAAAUGACCAGAUAGAGCUCUCACAGCCAAAUUAUGAUGGGCCAUUCAUUGAUCAAAAGCCGCAUAAUGUAUAUAAUAUGGGAAAUGCUUCUCAGGUUAUUGGUCUCCCUGCAUUUCCAGCCCAGUCAGGAGGGCACAGGCAGAAAAUGCCCACAUUUCAAACACAUGCAAGUCGUAAUUCUGUGGGGCAUGACACUCAGCUGAAGCCCAUGGUUCAUACCCAAUCACAGGGAACCUUUAAUCAAUCUUCUUCUCCGCAAGCUGUCAAUCAAAAUGACAUUUUCAACAUUAUGCAAAGGCAAAAUGACAUUACUACCUUAAUGAUACAACAAAGUCUAGCUUCUGCUCUCCCACCACGACAAAUUCACAUUUUUGAUGGGGACCCCCUUCAAUAUCAUGCGUUCAUGCGAGCAUUUGAAAAUGGAGUCAAAGAUAAGUCCAACAAUUACAGUGACUGUUUACAUUUUCUCGAGCAAUACACAAGAGGCUUGCCAAGGGAAAUUGUGCAAAGUUGCCAGCAUUUACCUCCUGACCAGGGGUACCAAAGGGCAAAAAAUCUUCUUAUGGAGCACUUUGGCAAUGAGUAUAAAAUCAGCUCUGCCUACAUGAACAAAGCUUUCAGCUGGACGCCUAUCAAACGGGAGGAUAUCAAGGCUCUACAGGCUUUUGCCUUAUUUCUUCGUGGGUGUUGUAAUGUGACGGAGCAGAUCCAGCACAUGAAAGACUUGGAUAUGCCGUCAAAUAUGAGGACCAUAGUGCUGAAGUUGCCCUACAAUAUGCGGGAAAGGUGGAGAAACGCUGCGUGUGAUUUGAUGGAGCACUCUGGGCGAAGGGUUAUGUUCAGUGAUUUGGUGGCAUUUAUUGAAAAGCAAGUUAGGACAGCCACAGAUCCACUUUUUGGCAACAUUCAAGAUACCCACACUGCUGCCUCGAGUAAAAGCUCAACUCCAUACCAGAUAAAGGAUCUGAAGGAGCGCAAACAAAGCAGUUUCGCCACAAAUUUGUCUGCGUCACAAACCUCCCCUCGUACUUCCCAAUGCUGCAUGUUUUGUAAAAAGAGUGGUCACUCAUUGGACAAGUGCACUCAUUUUAAAGGAAAAUUGCACAGUGACAAGAUCAGCUUCAUCAAGGAGAAAGCAAUCUGUUUUGGCUGCCUCAAGGAGGGACAUGUUAGCAAAGACUGCAAUAAUCGAUUGGAGUGUGAUGUGUGCCGUCAAAAGCAUCCUGGAGUUCUGCACAUCAAGCAGCUCGUUAAAAGAACAGUUCAACAAGUAAAAGACACGCAGCCACAACAGGAUGACCCCAAGGAACCAGCAAUCACCGUUGAAACUGUUGCAUCUCAGACAUGUGGUCAUAUUGGGGCCGGUUUUGAGGAUGAUUGCAUCUUUUCUAUUGUACCAGUCCAAGUUAAAGCCAAAAAGAGUGAUGUUGUGCUACAAACAUAUGCCUUUUUGGAUCCUGGUAGUUCAGGAACAUUUUGUACAGAAAGCCUCAUUCAGCGGUUGAACAUGAGGAAACGAAGAACUAAUUUGUUGCUGCGUACCUUGGGACAGGAAAAAAUAAUUGCCAGUCAUGUCGUAUCCGGCCUGGAGGUGUCAGGAUUGGACGACAAUGAUUUCAUUGACUUGCCUGAUGUUGUUACCCAGACACGCAUGCCUGUGUCCCACCACAAUAUUCCCAGGCAAGAUGAUGUGGAUAAAUGGCCAUAUCUCAGCGAUGUCAAGCUCCAACAAAUUGAUUCAAAUAUCGACCUUCUCAUUGGUACUAAUGCAUCAAAAGUAAUGGAACCAUGGGAAAUCAUAAACAGUCAAGGAGAUGGUCCCUAUGCUGUAAGGACCAAAGUUGGAUGGGUGCUCAAUGGCCCACUUCGAGCUGGCAAUGACAGGAGGAGUAGCCAUGUUAGUUCCACAAUUACUGCGAAUCGAAUAUCCCUGGUACACAUUGAGGAAAUGAUGAUUCAGCAGUAUAACCAUGAUUUUAAUGAGACAACUUUAAAGGAACAACCUGAAAUGUCAAGAGAAGACAUCAAGUUCAUGGACAUAAUGCACAGCUCCUCAGUGUUGAAGGAUGGUCAUUAUUACUUGGACCUACCUUUCAGAAAUGCCAACCCCAUCAUGCCAAACAAUCGCAGCAUUGCCGAACAGCGCCUCAUGAGCCUGAAAAGGAAGUUUGGAAAAAAUGAGGUCUUUCGAGAGGAGUACGUAGCAUUUCUCACCGAUGUCAUCGAUCAAGGUUAUGCUGAAAUUGUACCAGAGGGUCAACUGAGACAAGAGGAUGGAAAGCAGUGGUAUAUUCCACAUCAUGGAGUUUAUCACCCUCGAAAAGGAAAGUUGAGAGUGGUGUUCGACUGCGGAGCAAUGUACAAGGGGAUGUCACUCAACUGCCAGCUUCUACAGGGACCUGAUCUCACAAACUCACUAAUUGGAGUUUUGCUCAGAUUCAGACAGGAAUCUGUGGCGUUGAUGGCUGAUAUCCAGGCAAUGUUCCAUCAAGUGAAAGUGUCAGAAAAGGACGUCAAUUUCCUUCGGUUUCUGUGGUGGCCCCAGGGAAAUACAGAACACCCUCCAGUUGAAUACCGAAUGACUGUCCACCUGUUUGGUGCUGUAUCCUCGCCAAGCUGUGCGAAUUAUGCACUGAGGAAAACUGCAGAUGAUCAUGCAGGUCAGUUUCCAGCAGAAGUGGUUGCUACAGUCAAAAACAAUUUUUAUGUUGAUGACCUUCUGAAGUCCUUGUCUUCUGAGAAGGAGGCAAUUCAGAUGGUGCAGAACCUAACUGCGCUCUGCCAGAGAGGUGGUUUUAAUCUUUCCAAGUGGAUAAGCAACAGUCGAUCAGUGCUGACAACAAUCCCACAAGAGAACAGAACAAAUGGAAUAAAGGAGCUGGAUUUGGAACGGGAGAGUCUACCAUUGGAGCGAGCUCUCGGAUUGCAAUGGUGUGUUGAAAGCGACCAGUUCAUGUUCAGGACCACCACCAAGGAAAAAACACAGACCAGGAGAGGAAUCCUAUCAGUGGUCAGUUCACUUUAUGACCCGCUGGGAUUUCUAGCACCCUUCACUCUGUCAGCCAAGUUGUUGCUGCAGGAGUUGUGCAAACGACGCCACACCUGGGAUGAGUACAUUCCUCCAUAUUUCUCUCAGCAGUGGUCAGAGUGGCUCAACGACUUGGAGAGGAUGACAGAGUUCAAGGUGAAUCGGUGUUUCAAGCCCAAGAACUUUGGAAAGACCAUCAAGGCAAGACUGCAUCAUUUCUCUGACGCUAGUCAAGAUGGCUAUGGCACAGUGUCUUAUCUGAGGCUAGAGAAUGCUGUUGGAAGGCUGCACGUCGCAUUCAUUUUGGCCAAAGCCAGAGUCGCGCCACUGAAACAGACGACAAUCCCUCGGCUGGAACUCACAGCUGCUGUUCUAGCAGUGAAGCUUGAUGCAAUGCUGCAAAAGGAGUUGGAACUCAAGUUGGAGAAGUCCACAUUUUGGACAGACAGCACUACAGUGCUUAAGUACAUUAGCAACGAAACCAAGCGUUUCCACACCUUUGUUGCCAAUAGGACUGCGGCCAUAAGAGAGGCUACAAGUGUGGAACAGUGGCGGUACAUUGGUACCAAAGACAAUCCAGCGGAUGAUGUUUCACGAGGCAUGAAAGGCGCCGACUUUCUGAUGAACAAAAGGUGGAGUAAUGGACCAAAAUUUCUAUCAACGUCAGAAGAGGAUUGGCCAGACUCUGACUCCAAGCUCCAACCGAUUGCUGAGGAUGAUCCGGAGAUUAAAAGAGACUUGACAGCCAAUGCCAUUAUCAUGAAGACAUAUGAGAACUACACUUACCAGCUAAUGAAUUACUUUUCGACAUGGCGGAAGCUGAAAACUGCAGUAGCCUGGUUUUUAAGAGUCAGGCAUUGUCUGAGGCUGUUGCAUCAGAAGAGGACUGAAACCCAUGCUGCUGUCUGCAAAGUUGAAAAGGAUCUUCAUAAACAAACAGAAGAAGUCACAAAGAGAAUGCAAGUCUUCAAGAGGACACUCGGUGGGCAAUACCUGCACCCCGAAGACCUCGCCAAGGCAGAAAAGACGAUAUUGUGCUUUGUACAAGGACUGAAAUUUGAGAAAGAAAUUGCCACGCUGAAGAGCGGUAUCACUCUCAAGAAGGACAGCCAGCUUUAUAAGUUGGAUCCUGUGCUGGACGAUGGACUCCUGCGAGUUGGUGGCCGUGUUAGGAGAUCCUCAAUGCCGGAGGAAACCAAGCACCCGAUUAUCCUGACCAAAGAUUUUCAUGUAUCUACACUCAUUCUUCGCCACAUCCAUCAGCAGUUGGCACAUGGAGGGAGGAAUCAUGUGUUGAGCCACCUUAGGAAGAAAUACUGGAUCACAAACGCCAAUUCUGCAAUAAGAAAGGUCAUUUCUGAGUGUGUCACUUGCAAACGCCAACGAGGAAAGAUCGGUGACCAAAAAAUGGCUGAUCUGCCAAAGGAAAGAGUCUUACCUGACGUAGCCCCAUUCACCAACGUGGGGGUGGACUACUUUGGUCCAAUCAACGUCAAGAGGGGACGGAAUAUUCUAAAGAGGUACGGAGUGAUCUUCACAUGUCUGACAAGCAGAGCCAUGCAUCUUGAAGUGGCGUACAGUCUGGAUACAGACUCCUGUAUAAAUGCUGUGAGAAGGUUUAUCUGCAGAAGAGGACCAGUGUCUAGUAUUCGGUCUGACAAUGGGACAAACUUUGUAGGAGCCAACAGAGAACUAAAAGAGGCUCUGACUGCUUUUAACCAUAACAAGAUGCAAGGUGCCUUACUGCAUGAAGGUGUAACAUGGAACUUUAACCCCCCUGCAGCUUCCCAUCAUGGCGGGGUGUGGGAACGUCUAAUACGCAUGGUGAGGAAAGUACUCGAGUCUGUUCUGCAUCAGCAAAUCCUUGAUGAUGAAGGUUUGCAAACAGUCCUUUGUGAGGCAGAAGCCAUCCUGAAUAGCAGACCCAUCACUACCAUUUCAGAGCAGCCAGACGAUCUUGAAGCCCUCACACCAAACCACAUACUUCUCUUGAAAGGAAAGCCAGUUUUACCUCCUGGGUUAUUUGAGAAGAAAGAUCUAUACAUCAGAAGGCGGUGGAAGCAGGUGCAGUAUAUGGCUGACCUCUUCUGGACCAGAUGGAUUUCUGAGUACUUGCCUAUGAUGCAAGAAAGGCAGAAAUGGUCCAUGCAAAGGAGAAAUCUAGUCCCGGGAGAUAUUGUCGUAAUUGCGGAUGCAACUGCUCCCAGAGGCUCGUGGAUGCUUGGAAGGGUCGUGGAGGCCAAACCUGAUGCCAGAGGGCUGGUACGUACUGUGCGGCUGCAGACGAAGACCAGUGUAUUGGAACGACCUGUAACAAAGCUGUGUCUACUAUUGGAGGCAACAGAUGAAAAGGACUGAUUAAGAAUGCAAGAGCAGAGGAGUUGAUCAAAAACUUAAGAAAACUCAAUUUAGCUAAAAGAAAAAUUAAAAAAAAAAAAAAAUAGGGGUGUUAGGUUUCAUUGAAUAUAUUAUUUUGAGUUUAAAUGGCUUCUUUAAAUAUUUCGGGUAAUUGUGGAGUGUAACGCACAAUUAGGGGCCGGAGUGUAGAAGCCAUAUUCACUGUCACAAUUGAGUGCAUCAAUGCGUUUAUUUUGAAACUGUGUUAUUGUUUUUGCCACCAGGGGGCACCACCAAUGUCAUUAGGUAUUUUACUAUAAAGGUGCGCCUAGAGAGCCACUGUUAAUUAGUGCACCUGGUGGACACACGGUUUUUACCAUAGGACCAUAGCACGCCGUAGCAUGAGCUGCAUUGGAAAGUGGACUGUUUGCUGAAUGACUGGAAUAAAUCACCAAACUAAAACCAUCCAUGUGGGCAGUUCAUUGCCGGUAUAGCCUAUGCGUACAUUCAGGUUCCGAAGGUGUACUCAGUAUUGGCUUGAUUUUGAGUUUGCUAAAAUGCCAGUACAGUCACAGUAAAGUAUUUAUUAGUUCAAGCAGAGUAAAAUGAUACAUAUUCACGGUACAAGAACGUCGUUUCCGUGUCCAUCGAUUGGUAAGAAAAGGCUGUUUGUACGAGUGACGUGUGGGCGCUCCCGUCGGGGGGACAUUUCGCGUGGAGUGGCUAUUUUUCGGCACAACACCGACGCGCCAACUUCAGACAAUUACGGCUGACGAAAGUUGGAUAAAUGCGCCCCCCCCGCCCCCCCAAUUUCGCGAGCUCUGGGACACUCGAAAAAUGACUCUCAUACCUCUCCUUGCUAAGUUAAUGGUACCUCGAUGUGCGUUUGUGUGGAAAUUUAGUUCACGAACAACGGGGAAAAAACUAUCCACCUUCUCACCGAAUCAAGAAAAACUUUACACGGCCAUUCCCCCAGUCCUGUAAAUGGGUCAGUUGACAGAAGGACUGUUAUUGUUGUGGUAAUGUAGUACUUAUGAGGGUCAAAUAAAAAGGAAAAAGGAGGGCUACGACGGCGGUCUGAAACCCGCGGCUCUUGGGCCGCAUGCGGCUCUUUAGUGCUGCUUCGGAGCUUUUUUUUUUUUUUUUAAAUGGAAAAAGAUGGGGAAGGGAAAUAUAUUUUUUGUUUUAAAAGGAUUUCUAGGAGGACAAACAUGAUACAAACAUUCUUUCAAUUCAUUAAUAUUGUAAUGAAGUUAAACUUGUGGUGUCAUCGUACAACAGAGUAGUCACGUGGUUCGCUAUAGGAUCCACUGCAGGGAAAAUAAACAUUUAAUCAUGAAGGCUAAUUAUGUAUUUCUAGCCAACUUAUUCAUUUUUAUAGUAGGCUAAUAUAGCUAGUAUUGAUAAUUAUAAGGCUUGUACAAGGCUUUUAAUUUUUUGCUGCUCCAGACAUACUGUAUCAGUUUUUUUUUGUUUUUUUUGGGGGGGGUCAAAUAUGGCUCUUUCAACAGUUUGGGUUGCCAACCCUGAGUCACUACGAGAUGUAAGUCGUACUAUUGCUACGAGAAAAAAAGUCGCAUUAUUACAUAGGGUAACGUAGCUGUAAUCAGCAACGCAUUUUACAUACAUGUACAGUAGCUGAGAGCUAUAACAUUAGCCUAGCUAAUGAAAUAUUUCAAAUAUAUCUUUGUUAUGGUUCUUCUUGGGGGAAAAAAAUAAUGAAAAAAAAAAAAAUUCGCCGUGGCACGACAUGGUGUGGCUGUCCGACUCCGAUGCAGCCCACCACCACAGUUUCGAAAAAUCCUAUGGUCAGAGAGCCUCCCACCACAGUCUCCUAGAAUCCUGUGGGAAACACUGCAGUACGUCGAACUUUGAGGCAGAUGGGCUACAGCAGCAGAAGACCACGCCGGGUGCCACUCCUUUCAGCUAAGAACAGGAAACUGAGGCUACAAUUUGCACAGGCUCAUCGAAACUGGACAAUAGAAGAUUGAAAAAAACGUUGCCUUGUCUGAUGAAUCUCGAUUUCUGCUGCGACAUUCGGAUGGUAGUGUCAGAAUUUGGCGUCCACAACAUGAAAGCAUGGAUCCAUCCUGCCUUGUAUCAAGGGUUCAGGUUGGUGGUGGUGGUGUAAUGGUGUGGGGAAUAUUUUCUUGGCACUCUUUGGGCCCCUUGGUACCAAUUGAGCAUCGUUGGAACGCCACAGCCUACCUGAGUAUUGUUGCUGACCAUGUCCAUCCCUUCAUGACCACAAUGUACCCAACUUCUGAUGGCUACUUUCAGCAGGAUAACGCGCCAUGUCAUAAAGCUCGAAUCAUCUCAGACUGGUUUCUUGAACAUGACAAUGAGUUCACUGUACUCAAAUGGCCCCCACAGUCACCAGAUCUCAAUCCAAUAGAGCAUCUUUGGGAUGCGGUGGAACGGGAGAUUCGCAUCAUGGAUGUGCAGCCGACAAAUCUGCACCAACUGUGUGAUGCCAUCAUGUCAAUAUGGACCAAACUCUCUAAGGAAUGCUUCCAGCACCUUGUUGAAUCUAUGCCACGAAGAAUUGAAAUGGUGUACCUAAUAAAGUGGUCAAUGAGUGUAUUUUUUUGCUGUACUAGAAUAAAGUGUAAUUGCACAUCCACUCAAUGGAUGGCAGUGGCACUCUCAUUUUCAGUGUGUGUGCAGUAUUUUUUAACCAAAUGAGCACACAGCAAAGAGCAAUUAAGAUAUGAAAUGCUAAAAUGAGGAAAUAUGACGAAGCGUAUGUAGCAUUUGGCUUUUGGCUUUGACUUAUAAUACAGCGGGAGAUGAGGGAAGGCAGGUCUGUUUACAUUGUUUAAAAAUGUUUGCAGUGGACAGCAGGAAUAUUUUUUCAGCGAAAAUGUGCCGAACAUUGCCAACAAUCGUCCCGCUUUUUCGGUGUUACAUCAGUAAACCAGCGAGCACUGUUAGCAUCAUAUAAGGGGGCAUAACAAGUUGCUCAAUGCAAAAUAACCUGACAUUAUAGCAAAGGAGCUGAUACUGCCUGCAGCAAAAAUAAAAACUGCCCAUCAGUCCAACGACACUGUCGUUUUUGUUGUUUCGGUCCAAUUGUUUGGCAAAUUGUCCUUUUGAGUUAAUGUUGCUACUCAAUUUGAAUUUAUUAUUAUUUAUUGUUUUUAUGAAAUUUUAUUUUUCAGCAUCAAACGGUCAAAAAAUGUAUCGAGUGUCUUUUUCCAGUACGGAUGUUUUUUUUUUUUUCACACUUUACAGUAUUGUAAGUUGAUCUAUAUUCCUUUUAUGUUAAAAUGGGCAAAAUGUUAUGCAGAGGUGUACUACUAAUAAUAAGAAUUUUAUAGACAAAUGAUACUAUAGCAUAUUUACAGUGGCG